UGCAGUUUUGCAGGAAUGCAGAAGUUGCGGGUCGUGGCAGACUGGUGUCGGGUGGGGCGGAUUUGGCUAGACACGAACAGAGGGACGCUCGAAAAGCUGUUGCUUCGGUGGCUGUUGCAGAGGAACCUGUCGCUCACCAUGGUACCAGUGAUAGACCCUUGCUCUUUCUCCUCUUCAGCCAGGUGCACCACGAAGCACCUGAACCUGAUGCUGCACGUGGACUUUGAGAGCCAUGUCAUCAGAGGGAAAGUCGCUCUCACCGUGGAGAUGCUGGAGGAUAAAUGUUCCUCUCUGACUCUUGACACCAAAGACCUUCAGAUCUCCAAGGUGGCAGCAAAUGGACAAGAAGCCAAGUUCGCUCUGGGUGCCAAGCACAGCUUCAACGGGACCCCCCUGGAGAUCUCGCUGCCCUUUGAGCUCUCUCGGGGACAGCACGUGAUCGUCGAGGUGACCUACGAGACGUCCCCUAGGGCCUCAGCGCUGCAGUGGCUCACCCCUGCACAGACUGCUGGGAAGAAGCACCCCUACCUGUUCAGCCAGUGCCAGGCAACCCACUGCCGCUCAAUGAUCCCGUGCCAGGACACCCCAAUGGUGAAGCACACCUACUAUGCCCAGGUGUCUGUUCCCAAGGAGUUGGUGGCAGUGAUGGGUGCGGUGGGUGACGGGCAGGAGCCGGACCCCCAGGAUAGCAGCAGGACCAUCUACAGGUUCAGGCAGGCGGUUCCCAUUCCAUCCUACUUGAUUGCCAUUGUGGUUGGUGUGCUGGAGAGCAGGGACAUCGGGCCCCGGUCAAAGGUGUGGUCCGAAAAAGAGCUGGUGGACCAAGCAGCGUACGAGUUUGCCGAGACGGAGUCUAUGCUAAAGACGGCUGAGGACCUGGUUGGCCCCUAUGUGUGGGGGCAAUACGACAUUGUGGUUCUUCCCCCGUCCUUCCCCUAUGGGGGCAUGGAGAAUCCGUGCCUCACAUACGCCACACCAACUCUGCUGGCUGGAGACAGGUCUCUAUCUGGGGUCAUCGCCCAUGAGAUUGCCCACAGCUGGACCGGAAACCUGGUGACCACCAAAAGCUGGGAGCAUUUCUGGCUGAACGAGGGACACACGGUGUACCUGGAGAGGAUGAUCGCCAGGGCUCUGGAAAGUGAGCAGUACAGACAGUUCAAGGCCAUAGGAGGCUGGAAGGAGCUGCAGGACACGGUGAACCUCUUUGGGCAAAGCAACCCGCUGACCAACCUGGUACCCUCUCUGAAGGAGGUGGACACGGAUGCAGCCUUCUCCUUCGUGCCGUACGAGAAGGGUUUUGCUUUCCUUUACCACCUUGAGGAACUGGUGGGUGGGCCAGAGGUUUUCAUGGGUUUCGUCAAGUCUUACAUCCAGCUGUACGCCUACAGUAGCGUGAGCACUGAGGAAUGGAAGAACUACUUAUUCACCUACUUCAAGGACAAGGUGGACAUCCUGAAGAAGGUUGACUGGGAUGGCUGGAUGAACACCCCAGGGAUGCCCCCUGUCACAAACCAGUACGACAACACCUUGGCAGACGUUUGCAUUGCUCUGUGCAACAGAUGGGUGGAGGCAAAGGAGGAGGACCUGGCGAGCUUCAGUGAUGCUGAUGUAAAGGCCCUUUCCUCCCCACAGCUGACUGAGUUUCUGGCCCUGCUGUUGCACCAGAACCCCCUGCCGCUGAGCCAUGUAAAGCGGAUGCAGGAGGUCUACAAUCUGAACAGCAUCAAAAACUGUGAGAUACGGUUCAGGUGGCUGCAUCUGUGUGUCAGAGCUAGAUGGGAGGAGGCUGUACCACUUGCAUUCCAGAUGGCAACUGAGCAAGGGCGCUUGAAGUACACGCGCCCACUCUUCAGGGAGCUGUACAACUUUGAGAAGUACCGCCAGGAGGCAGUCAACAUGUUCCUGCAGCAUCGAGCAGCCAUGCACCCGGUCACAGCUGCUCUGGUGGCAAGAGACCUGAAGGUGGAACAGUCCCACAAAUAGGACCUCGAGCCCUGUCCAACCCCUCAGUCAGUGAGCUUCCGCUGAAGGACAAUGUCCACUGCCCGACUCCCUGUGGAUGGAAUGCUGCCAAGCCUUACUGAAGCCCGCUUCUGUCUCUGCAAGCUUUGCAAGGCUUUCUGCCUCCAUUAUGAAGAAAUGACCUACAAAAGCCUAUAACAACCAACAGUUUAACCAUUUGAAUAUUUAGUUAAAAUGCGUGGUUAUUUUAUUACUCUUUGUAUUUCAAUUAUCAUUUCA